CAACGAACCUCAAUUCGACCACCAAACCAUCUAGAUGACGACCCCUUCAUCUCCGGACGCGCAGGCGUCUCACCCACGGACGUCUUCUCCUACCAAGACAGACUCUAUCCCUACCUCCACCGAGGCCACCACCACAGCCGAAGCUCCAGCUCCAGCUCCAGCUCCAGUCCCAGCGACAACCACUGCACCUCCACCGCCAGGCCCUCCCCAGCUACAACAGCAGACUGCCCCUCCGCUGGCAGCAGCGGACCACCAAGCUAAUCAGCUUCCGAACCCGACGACUACCACCACCGCCACGGAGACAACCUCGAGUACUUCCCCUCCUCUGCCGCAACCGGGUCCGAUUGCCGUUCCUCCUACGUCUACGUCUACGCAGCAGGAGCAGGAGAAGCAGCAGCAGCAGCAAGAGAAGACACCACACGCUCAUCCCCCAGCUCCAGCUCCAGCCCCAGCCCCAGCCCCAGCUCCCGUCCCAGCACCAACAGCCCCAAUCCCAGCCGCAGCACCAACAACCCACAGCAGCUACAGCCCCAGCUACGGCAACUACAGCUCCGCCGCUCAAAAUCUCAAUCCCACUCCCAACCCCAACCCCAACCCCAACCCCACCUACAGCUACAGCCCCGGCUACAGCUACGGCACCGGCACCGACACCACCCAAAGACACACCUACGGGUCACACCAACCAAUAGCACCCACCAAGACCAUGACCCCGCAAGGAUGGAUCCCUCCUACCUCCGCUACAGCCAGCUACAAUACCUCCUACGGCAGGGAAGUAGACCAGUACCCGAACCAGCAGGAUGAAGAGGAAGGCAUUCUCGGCACCGCGAUGAGCUGGGCUCGUAGUGCGGGUGAGAAACUGGCGGAUGUUGAGGCUGCUGUUUGGAAGAGGAUUAAUGAUGCGCAUGGGGGUGGGCCGGGGGAUUCGUCGAAGGAGUCUUGAUUUUCUUUCCCCGGGCUUCUUUGGUUCCUUGUCUUGCUGUUGACUGAUGCAUGCAAGGGAGAUGUGUAUUAUAUUUGACUAUGGUUUUUUUGAUCCCUUGGUGGCUUCUGUUUGCGAUUUGAUUUGGGAUUGGAUGGGUUGGUUGGUUUGGUUAGGUAGGGUCUACUAAAACUUGGGUGUCUGGGUGAAUUGGGUCUGGUUGGCUGGUUAGUUAAAUGGAUGGAUGGAUGGGUGGUUUUAGGUUGUUCUGGCGUUUUCGAUUGUAUCCUAUUAUAGUCCUUUAUGGCUGCAUGGCUUGGCUUCAAACAAUGCCUUCUGGUGUUUUCCUACCUACCUGUAUGUAGUAAGGUAGUAGAUAUCUAUCUAUCUGGC